AGGAAGUUGAUUGAAGAUAUCAAAGAGUACGAUGGCGACGACCCUCUCCUUCCAUGGAUCCAGUGCAAGAGUAUGUUGAAGCUGCAACAUUUUACAAGUUCAGUGUGUCAGGAACACUCUCUACUAUCGAGAUUAACGCUACUCUUUUACCUCUUAGUGACCCUUCUUUGGAGCCGCUGCAGAUCAACAUCCUUGACUAUAUUCUCGGGCUUGCGGAUUUGACUGGAGAGCUAAUGAGGAUGGCUAUUGGUAGAAUCUCAGACGGUGAAGUCGAGUUCGCGCAGAGGAUUUGUCAGAUAGUGAGACAGAUUCAUAGGGAACUGUUCCUGGUCGUGCCGCAGGUGGAUGAUAGUUAUGAUAUGAAGUCAAAGAUGGAAGUGAUUCUUCAAAGUGUGAUCAAGAUAGAGAAUGCUUGCUUUAGCGUUCAUGUGCGAGGAUCAGAAUAUAUUCCUCUGCUUGGAGAUGAUGCACCAAUGUCAUUCCUAUUGGGAGGUGCUGAUGUUGAAUGAUUUAAGAAGUUUCUCAGAAACCCAUUGUGAGAACUCUUGCUUCCUCUUUUGACGUUUUUGUUGACGAUGAAAAAGAAUGUACAGAACACGGAGGAGAGAAGAAGGAGAAGAGUGAAAACCAAUUCAUCAUCAUCAUCAAAUGCUCUGCCGCUUAAUGAUGGCCAUGAGAUUAAGAAAGAAACAGAGCUGCUGUGAAAGAAGCCAUUAAGACAUUUCCCACCCAACAGCUUCCUUAGAUGAUGACGUUCAUCAUCAUCUCCACCAACAAUCAUACCAUACACGAUCUUCUGAGUUUGAGUUUUGUGCUUUUGUCUAUAAAGCUCCUUCUAUUUUGUUUCAUGUUUGGAUUUGUUUUAGUGAUGUACUGAGGUUUUUAUGUACUAUGAU